GCGGGUGCUUCCGCCGAGGGAACAUGGCGGCGGACACAACAACGGAGCUUCUUUUUUUAGACACUUUCAAGCACCAGAGCACAGAGCAAAGUACCAAAGUAGAUGUGGUUCGUUUUCCAUGUGUGGUUUACAUCAACGAAGUACGUGUCAUUCCUCCAGGAGUAAGAGCUCACUCUAAUUUACCUGACAAUAGGGCAUAUGGUGAGACAUCCCCUCAUACAUUUCAGCUAGACCUGUUUUUCAACAAUGUCAGCAAGCCAAGUGCCCCUGUAUUUGACAGGCUGGGAAGUCUGGAAUACGAUGAGAACUCUUCCAUUAUAUUUAGGCCCAAUCCAAAGGUUAACACAGAUGGCUUAGUUCUAAGGGGCUGGUACAACUGCUUGACCCUGGCAAUCUAUGGCUCUGUUGACAGAGUAGUAAGCCAUGACAGGGACUCUCCUCCGCCACCCCCUCCGCCACCUCCACCUCCUCAGCAGCAAACAGCUUUGAAAAGGACCCCCAAACUCGCUGAUGGUGAGAAAGAGGACCAAUUCAACGGCAGUCCUCCGCGACCGCAGCCUCGAGGACCCAGGACCCCACCUGGACCUCCUCCUCCAGACGAUGAUGAAGAUGAGCCAAUGCCUGUGUCAGUGGUCAGAGAAAAAGAUGAUGAUGUUGAUCACAGGGAGGAUUACUUCGAACCCAUUUCUCCCGAUCGGACGUCUGUUCAUCCAGAUGGCCCGUAUUCUGAUGAAGGAGAAGUGGAAGAAGACCAAACUGAAGAAGCGGAGGAUGAUGAAGAGGGGGUGGACGUUGAGGAAGAGGAGGAGGAUGAAGAGGAUGACGAUGGUCAAACGGUAGAGAGUAUUCCAGAGGAUGAAGAAGAAGAGGAGGAAGAGGAUGAGGAGGAAGAAGGCGACGACGAAGAAGAAGGUGAAGUGGGUGCUUUGCUGAUUAUUGGGGAUGAUGGUUAUGAGCAGAUUUCAAGCGAUGAAGAUGGAAUUGCUGACUUAGAGCGUGAGACAUUCAAGUAUCCAAGCUUUGACAUCGAAUACACAGCUGAGGACCUGGCCAGGGUGCCACCUGUGACCUAUGAUCCUUUUGACAGGGAGCUGGGGCCCCUUCUGUACUUUAGCUGCCCCUACAAAACCACUUUUGAGGCAGAAGUUGCCAAACUGAGAGAUCAGGAUCUAGACAAGGAAAAUACUGGGACCGCUGAGACCUCUGUUAAGUUGACUGAGCUCCUGGAACUGUAUCAGGAGGAAAGAGGGGCAAAAUGGGUGACUGCUUUGGAAGAGAUUCCAAGUUUAAUAGUCAAAGGGCUGAGCUACUUGCAGUUAAAGGACCCGAAUCAGGAUUACAUGAGCCAGUUGGCUGACUGGACAGUGCAGUCUUUAAACCUGCAGGUAGCCCUGAGGCAGCCGAUUGCAUUGAAUGUCCGUCAGCUUAAAGCUGGGACAAAACUGGUCUCUUCACUAGCGGAAUGUGGGAGUCAAGGAAUCACGGGACUGCUGCAAGCAGGAGUCAUUAAUUCUUUAUUUGAGCUGCUCUUUGCAGAUCACGUUUCUUCCUCCCUCAAACUCAAUGCUUUCAAAGCUUUGGACAGCAUUAUCAGCAUGACCGAAGGGAUGGAGGCCUUUUUGAAGUGCGGGUUGGAGGCGCAUGAAAAAAGCAGCUACCAGAGGUUGCUGGAGCUUAUCCUGCUGGAUCAGACCGUGAGGGUUGUCACCGCAGGGUCUGCCAUUCUGCAGAAGUGCCACUUCUAUGAGAUCUUGUCCGAGGUUAAAAAAAUGGCUGACCAGCUGGUGGAAAAUUCCCCCCUUCCUAAUCAUGCUGAGUCUGAGCAGGAUUCAGACGCUGGGAUCGAGAGAAGCAACCAGGAGUAUGAAAAUGAUGUGGAGGCCCCAAUGGAUAUGGACAACCUUUUGGAGUCCUCUACCCUGAGUGAAGGAGAAGUGGAGAAACUCAUUAGCCUUUUGGAUGAGAUCUUGCAUUUAAUGGAGAAUGCCCCCCAUACCAUGACCCAGCCGCCUUUGAAAUCUUUCCCAACUACAGCACGAAUUACAGGUCCGCCAGAAAGGGACGACCCUUUCCCAGUCCUGUUCAGGUACCUCCAUAAUCACCAUUUCUUGGAAUCCGUGACAUUGUUGCUGUCCAGUCCAAUAACAAACGUGCACCCUGGAGUGCUUCAGUCCAUCAGGGAUAUCCUGAGGUUCUUGGUGCAGUCCCAGAAAGGUCUCCUUUUCUUCCUCUCUGAAUAUGAAGCCACCAACCUGCUGGUUCGAGCCUUUUGCCAGUUUUCUGACCCCGAUCAAGAGGAAGGUCUUCAGACAGACGGGGCAAGUGACGAGGCGUUUCCCCUAUGGCUGCUUCACUCCACACAGACUCUUCAGUGUAUCUCAGAACUGUUCUGCCACUUCCAACGCUGCACGGCCACUGACGAAACAGAUCAUUCAGACCUCCUAGGAACCCUUCAUAACCUUUACUUGAUCACCUUUAACCCUGUAGGACGGUCUGCUGUAGCCCACGUCUUCAGCCUUGAGAAGAACCUCCAGAGUCUUCUUACUUUAAUGGAGUUCUAUUCUAAAGAGGCUUUAGGGUAA